AUGCUUGGAGGUGGUGGGGUCCCGGUGGUUAACAUCAGAUCGAUUAAAGACAUGCAUGGUGGAGCAAAGACUCAGGGGAAUGGAGAGAUUGACGAAGAUGUCUCCCACUAUAUUAGGGCAAGAUGGAUGAAGUGGAGCCUCAUUUCUCGAGUGUUGUGCAAUAAGAAGGUGUCGUCCAAGCUUAAAGGCAAAUUCUACAAAGUGGUAGUUCGUCUGGCCAUGCUAUAUGGAGCGGAGUGUUGGCCUGUCGAGAACUCUCACAUUAAAAAAUUAAAGGUGGAAGGAAUGUGGAUGUUGCGUUGGAUGUGCGGGCUUACUAAGAGUGAUAGGGUUAGGAAUGAGACUAUACGGGAAAAAGGUGGGAGGGGCUUCGCUGGAGGACACAAGAUGUGGAAAGUUAGGUUGAGAUGGUUCGGACAUGUGAUUAGGAGGGCACGGAUGCACAGUUCGUAG